CAGCUAGAUGAGGGUUUGCUAGAUCAUAUGCUUAAAGAGUUUAUGCAAGAUGAUCAGGUGACCUUCAGGAGCCCUGAGCAGCGCCAGGCAUUCCAUCUCAUGAUGAAACAGGUGCCCUAUCUCUUCUUAGUACUCCCUACUGCAGCUGGCAAAACAACACUAUUCCUUUUUGGGGCUAGUCUAGCUACUAGUCAGGUGACCAUGGUGAUUGUGCCAUUAAUCUCUCUGAAGCUAGACCUAUCUAGGAAAGCUGCUGCCUUAGGCCUCCAGCCUACUAUCUGGGACCCAAAUCAGAUCAUGCCACCUCCCAUGACACCACCAGCUAGUUCUAGGCUUAUCUUAGUGCAGAUUGAGCACCUAGAGCACCCUAGAUUCAAUGAGCUAGCUGAUCAUCUGAUUACCCAACAGAGGCUAGCGCGAAUCAUCUGGGAUGAAUGUCAUCUGAUUCCACUAGCUAAAAGCUAUCGGCCAAUCAUGUCGCGGGCCUGGCAUGCCCUAGCCCUACCUGUGCCCAUGGUAUUCAGCUCAGCUACCCUACCUCAUCACCUGCAGGCUGAGCUAGUUGACAUGAUGAAGCUAGGGUCCCUACCCCAGAUUCCAGUGGUUAGGGCAGACCUUACCCUUCCAAACAUGGUGUCUAGUACUAGUGCUAGGCCUAGGGCUAAGGUGAUCAUCUUCUGCCGGUCCAAACGGCUAGUGGAUGCCAUAUCUGAGGAGAUGGAGCCUGAGGCAGCCAAAUUCCAUGCUGAUCUAUUAGAUCAGGCUAAGCUAGAUCAGCUAGAUCUAUUUCAAUCUAGCAGGUAUAUCUUAGUGGCUACUGGCGCCAUUGGGGCAGGGUAUGAUUUCCCUGAUGUUGACUUGGUCAUCCAUUUCAUGCCUGGGAAAUAUGAGAUGACUAGUUUCAUGCAGGAAUCUGGUCGCGCUGGUAGAUCACCUGAUCAACCUGGAUGGUCAUAUUGCCUAGUGAAGGCAUUCUGGAUGCAGGCUAGGCCUAAUCAGGAAGGUGAAGCCCUAGAGGUCACCACAUUCCUGAAUUAUCUAGGUGAUCAGGUCUGCAGGCGACGUGUGAUAUCUAGGGUUUUCAAUGCUAGGGCUAUUGAGUCAUGUGACCCUAGCUGGGCCCUCUGUGAUCUAUGUGAGCAUAGGCAAUCAACACUAGGCCUAGGACCUAUCGCAACCAAAUCACCUAGUGUAGAUAGCCCACGCAGGGACCUAUCGAAGCCGAAUCAUCUAGUUGAGAUAGCCUGCUUAUAG